UGGAGUACGUGUUCAAUUUGUAUUCGAUCUAGUAAAUUUGCAGUAGCUCUCGAUUUUUUUGAAGUGAACAAUAUAUUAGCUACGUGUCUUUUACAAGUAAUAAUCUCCGUGUCCAUUCCGAUAAUUUACACAGAGCAGCUGCUUAGUGCUUUUUCUUCAAUCACAUUCUCAAAUAUACAAACAUGAUUAAACAUAAAAGUGAAAUUCGAUUUAUUUUCUAUGCUUCUUCUAUCUUUAUAUGUUAUUUUAUAUUUGCAAUGUUACAAGAAAAAAUAACACGAGGAAAAUAUGAUGGCGAAAAAUUUACAUGCGCGCUUUCCCUUGUCCUAGUUCAAUGUGUCGUGAAUUAUAUCUUCGCUAAAAUAUUAAUGUUCUGGCAACAUGAAAAAGACACUACCCGAACAUUGUAUUACUUUUCAUCAUCUCUCACAUACUUGUUGGCUAUGGUGUGCUCUAUAAUGGCACUGCAAUGGAUCAAUUACCCAACACAGGUUGUUGGUAAAGCAGCAAAGCCAAUUCCAGUGAUGAUACUUGGAGUUUUAAUUGGAAGGAAACAAUAUCCGUUGAAGAAGUACUUGUUUGUUUUCCUUAUUGUUAUCGGCAUUGUUAUGUUCAUGUACAAGGAUCAAGAAAAAGUACCAAAUGAUGACACUCAAGGAAUGGGAAUAGGAGAAAUUUUGCUGCUCAUGUCCUUAACUAUGGAUGGAUUGACCGGAGCUGUUCAGGAGAGAAUAAAGAGCGAAUCUUCCCCUUCGGCAUACUCAAUGAUGCUUAACACAAAUAUGUGGUCUUCAAUCAUAUCUGCAAUUGGUGUGCUUUUAAGCGGGGAGAUAUUUAAGUUUGUGACAUUUGUGACUCAGCAUCCAGAGAUUAUUGUAUACUUAGUAGCAUUUGCUCUGACCGGCGCUCUGGGACAGCUAUUUAUAUUUUACAUGGUGUCUGAGUUUGGUCCCCUUCCAUGCUCAGUGGUGACAACAACGAGGAAGUUUUUCACGGUUCUGGCUUCAGUCAUCAUAUUCGGAAACGUUCUUUUUACACGACAAUGGAUUGGUGCUACGUUGGUCUUUUCUGGACUAUUUUUGGACAUAUUUUACAGCAAAUCCUCUCCGUCUAAGAAAACCACGAACAAAUGAUGGCUCCGGGCCUUGGAGGCCAGGAUUUUGAGAAACUUAGACAAUUUGUUAAUUGAUUUGGACUGAUUUAAUUAAUUAAAAAAAGAAGAUAUGUUUUUA